UCAGGCCGUGCGGUGGGUGACUGUUACUAUCGUGAAUGCUAUGCGAGGUGGAAACGUUGGUUGUUGGGUGAGAGCGGGCGUAUAGUGAGCGCAAGCGAGAGCUUAUCAGGAUUCGAAUUGCGCGCAUGUUUGGCAGCGUAUGGUCUUAGUCUGCUUGAGGAGUGGCGCAAGACGGUUUUCGAGGACUGUCGUGGUGACCUGUAUCGGCGAUUGUGCGUAGUGUGUUGCAUCCCCACUGAGAUUUGCGCACAUGUGCUACACGAAUGUUUCGGCCAGCGAAAUCCAGUUCAAUUAGAGUCGAUGUUGAAUUGUGAGUUCGGUCUGGGCUUCAUUACCCGCGAUCGAGGUGGCGCAGCGGAAGAGAAGGCGGGCAUUAUCGAAUUCCGCUGCUUAUCUAAUGACCGCACACCUGGGCGUAUGGUCGACUUGAUGACGCUCAAAUCGAUAUUUAGCCGGCAGUUACCGCGAAUGCCGAGGGAAUAUAUAACGCGUCUUACCUUCGAUCGGCAGCACUAUAGCUUCUGUCUGGUCAAGGGAGGACGCGUCAUAGGUGGCGUCUGUUUCAGACCUUUCUUCCAGUCGCGGUUCGUUGAAAUCGUCUUUCUGGCUAUCACCAGCACGGAACAGGUCAAGGGCUACGGUACGCGACUUAUGAACCACCUCAAGGAGUACCUGCGACAUCGCAGCUUCGAGUACUUCCUCACCUACGCCGACAACUUCGCGCUAGGCUACUUCCGCAAACAGGGCUUCUCCACCACCAUUACCAUGAGCAAAGACCGCUGGGUUGGCUUCAUCAAGGACUACGACGGCGGCACUCUCAUGGAGUGCGUGAUCAACCCCAAUAUAAACUACCUCUCCCUCGGAGACGCCUUCGUGAACCAGCGGAAAAUGGUUUUGAAAACCAUGCGUCUUGUUAGCACCCCCAAAAUUUAUAGCGGAGCCUCUUUAUGGGAAGACGUCAGCAAACUACCCGAACAUGUCGACCCCUCCACCAUUCCGGGCUUCCUCGAAAACGGCUGGGCCAACUACGAGAAAAAUACCAAACAAAGGGCCGCUCUCCCUCUGAACGAACAGAUUCUCAAGUUCAUCGAGCAAAUGAGCAAGCAUGAAUCAUCCUGGCCGUUCCAAAAACCUGUCAGUAAACAAAUAGCUCCGGACUAUAAAGACUACAUCAAACACCCUAUGGACAUUAGCCUCAUGAGAAAAAAUGCCAAGAGCAAAGUAUAUAAAUCCAAGGAUGAAUUCGGCGCCCACCUAAAGCUGAUGUUCGACAAUUGCCGCUAUUAUAACGGUGAAGGAUCUACCUACUACCGUCUAGCAAAUGAAUUAGAAACAGCUAUAGCUCCCGCGUUCGAAGAACUAAUCGACGAUUGA